GCCGGGGGCAACGGUCCCAUCUGGCCUGAGUGGCUGGCCGUAUCGCGGUGGCGGCCUCUGCGGAUGGACAUCGUGGGAGGAGGGAAACUUGCAGAAGAACUAGAUGCCCGAAAACCUGGCCUGGUGGUCGGGCUUUCCCUCUGACCCACAGAAUGGCCAGGGCCGAGUCCUCUCCUGAGCUUCAGUUACAAAAAAAUAAAGCUGUCGAUGUGCCAGUGUGCUCCACUUCCUCUUUACCACGUCCUUCCAGCUAAAAGCCAGUUAAAAAAUGGCUUCCAUAAGAAGAACCAGCCAUCCCGUGCGCAAUAUUUUUGGUGAUUUUAGUGAUAUUUCCUUAGAAGAUUCAAAAAUAGAAGAAAUCAGAAACUUGAAAAUCAGUAGAAGUCUUACCAAAAUAGCACCCGCUCAUAGCAGAUUUCUAAAAGGAAACCAAACCAUGGGUGUAGAACACUCACUUCUGAAAGAGAAGGCUGUUGUGGGGGGUGGGCACAAGCUCUCCUCAGGGAGACCCCCGACCAUUGCCUCGAAGCUCAGGGCCAGCGCCGCGCUCACAAAGCUGGCUCAGAUAGAAACCAAGAUCAUGAAUCGGAAGGUGAAGAUGGAUUUGUCUGACAUGGAAUCUGACCUGAAGACCUCUGAGGACAGUCUUCCAAAGAGCACAGACACAGUCCUCCCCAGGAGUACAGUCAAACUUCCUUCACACAACCUGGAUAAAACCUCCCAGAAACAAGCCCAUGAAGUCUCCAUGGCCAAGAGCAACACACGGAAUGGGAAGGUCAGUAGGUUUCUAAAGAGGAGAGAACCACCCGUUGAAAAUACCUUCCCAGAAGCACAUUUUGGAAAAGAGAGGAAUUUUCAAACACCCAAAGAGAAAAAACCUACUAGAAAACUAGAUUGUCCAGACAGCGAUGAGGAGGAAAUGAAAGAGUUGCUGGGAAGCUUCCUAGAAUCUUCUAGAGAAAAAGAAACACACACGAAUCAGUGUUUCGGCAGCCCCAAAGUCAGUGAGAAAGAACAGACAAAACUGUUCUCGGAUCAGAUCCCAACGCAGCCAAGAAUCCUUUCGCUACCCAGUGAGGAACUUUCCAGCCCAAAGUCAUUUCGGACAUCACCUCUGCCAGCCUCACAGUCCGCAGACGGGACCCUUCGCAGCGUGUGCUCGAGAGCUCACUCCUCACAGACUCACACUUCAGGGGACACAGCUGUCCACACGGCAUCGCUUUCCAUCCCUGGCCCCUCUCCAAAGUCAGCCUCGAUGGUACGGCAUGACAAGUUCUCCUCCCCUGGAAGGAGUGAGGCUGGGCCUCGUGAUGAGUCGCUCUCAGAAGCUGCUGAUGACAGCCUGAACGAUUUUCGAAUCAAUCUUUUGUCCCUUGAUGAUCUGGCUCCAGCUGUCAGCGAGAACUCAGACUUAGAACAGAAAAAAGAAGGCCAGCGGGAAAAGGCAUCUAGCCAAAGCUCCCAGGCUGGAGGUCCCCCCACUGGAAGCGAGGUCUCAGAGUGCCUGAGUGAGCCGUCGGUCUCCUCCGCUGGGCCUGAGGGUGCUUCCAGCCCGAGGCCAAAGUCUCGAGAGCCCAUGGCGAGCGCGGUGAGCUCAGCUUACUCGGAAGAUUUUGAAACAGCAUCCGAGUCGAGGGCCCAUUCUGAGGAGUCUCCUGACAGGACGCCGGACACUUUGUCAGAAUUCUCUGCAAGCCUGCAGCCAGACCUUCCCCUGCCAACACUCAAGCCUUGGAAGAAGCGGGUCAGGGAUGUUACGAGAGUCCUCAUGAAGGAGACGGCCGUGCAGACCCUCGAGCCCACCUUCACCUACCAGUGGGCAGAGGGGGCCGGCGUGGCGGCCAUCGGGCCUGCCCUGGGAGGUGCCUACGUGGACCCCGUGCCCAUUGCCAGUCACGUCGUCAGCGCGGACUCGAUAGAAGCCCUGACAGCUUACAGCCCGGCCGUGUUGGUGCUCAACGACAUGCUGAAGCAGCAGCUGAGCCUGACGCAGCAGUUCAUGGAGGCCAGUCGGCACCUGCACGGGUCCCUGCUGCAGUCCCUGGACCGGGACGCGUUCCACUACCACACCCUGGAGGAAACCAAACAGUACAUCAGGCACCACAGGCCCGCGCCGCUGUCCAUGGAGGAUGCCCUGGAGGAGGUGAAGAAGGAGCUGUGAGUACCAGGAGGUGAGGCGGGGUCCGUGGGCUCGAGCUAACACGCUGGGCCAGCACGCCGGCUGUGACGCCCACACGUUGUUUUCCAGGGGACAGUGGUGGGAGGUGGCACCCAGGACUCACCUGAGUGGAGUCCUGGCUCCAGCCUUUCCCAGAUGAGGGGCCGACCGCUCCCAGCCUCCUCCCCCGCCCCCACCCCGGGCUGCCCAGCGCCCGACCCUAGAGGAUGCGCAGGCCGGGGGAGCCGGACCCACGGGCAGCUCGGUCCCCGCUCCCGGUGGGAUGGAGGGUGCCCGCCUGCCUGGAGCCCUGCGGGGCGGCCGGACUGGCCAGGGGCUGCCUUCCUGGUGAGCGGAGGUAGAUGGAAGGGCCGAGAAGCCCCGUCUGCUCCACAGGAGCCAGCACCAGAUG